AUGGAAAAAUUUUUUUUGAAAAAUUGUUAUGACUAUAAUAAUUUAUCGGAAAAAAUAUUUAAAGGAAUUGAAAAAAAUGAAUUAUAUCUUCCAAAUAAUAAUUUUGGACAAUUUUCCAUAUGGAAUGAAAAAAUGAGAAAUAGCAUUUUUAGUAAUAAUUUAAUGAAUGAAUAUGAAUUCGAUAUAGACCCAAAAGAAUUAUAUUCAAAUUAUAUAUACAAAACUAGAUAUAGUAGGCAAAGUAUCUAUAAUAUAAAAAUUGAUGAAUACACACUAAAAAGAAAAAUAGUAGAAAUAAAUAAAAGAAAUAUUAAUAAAUUCCAUAUAGAAGAUAAAAAAUAUGAAAAUUAUGAUAAUGAAGAUACUUGCUUUGAUAAAAAAAAAAAAGUAAAAAAUAAAAAUAACAAUUUUAUAAAAAAUAAAAUAAUAGAAAAUGUUAAUAAAAAUAAAUAUAAAAAUAUAUUUUUAGAAAAUUCAUUCAAUGACCUAAUUAAGGAAAGUAAAAAUAAUAUAUCUAUAGAUCCUUUUGCUUCUUAUUUUUCUUAUCCUUCAUAUAUCCUCAAUUCUUACAAAAAAGAGAAAAGGAAAAUAUCUAAAGAGCCAUAUUUCAUUUUGAGUGCACCAAAACUAGUUGAUGAUUUUUAUUUAAAUUUAUUAGAUUGGUCCAAAAAAAAUAUCAUAGCAGUUGGCUUAGAUGAUAAAUUAUGUUUAUGGAAUAAUAAUGCAUGUAAAAGUGAAGAAUUAUUUGUCUUAAAUCAAAUACAAAAAAAAAAAAAAAAUGAAAAAAAAAAAAUUGAAACAAGAAAAUCAAUAACAUCUUUAAAAUGGAAUAUUUUUGGCAAUUAUUUGGCUGUUGGGUUAUCAAAUGGUGUUGUAGAAAUAUGGGAAAUUGAAAGAGGAGUAAAAAUAAGAAAAUACAAAAAUCAUAAAUUAAGAGUUGGUGCAUUAUGUUGGAAUUACAACACAUUAACAUCAGGUGGUAGAGAUAAUAAUAUUUUUAGUUGUGAUUUAAGAAGUAAAGAAAGUAAUUAUGUGCAAUUAACAAAACAUAAAUCUGAAGUAUGUGGUUUAGAAUGGAAUUAUGAUGGAAAACAACUAGCUUCAGGAAGCAAUGAUAAUUCUAUAUAUAUAUGGGAAAAUAAUACAAAUAAUUAUGUUUUCCAUUUUACAAAACAUAAAGCUGCAGUUAAAGCUAUUUCAUGGUGUCCCCAUAAAAAUAAUUUACUCAUUAGUGGUGGUGGUUCAGCUGAUAAAAAGAUAUUUUUUUGGAAUACUACGAAUGGUAAAUGUAUAAAUGAAAUAGAUACCAAUUCUCAAGUUUCAAAUAUUUUAUGGUCUACAAAUACUCAAGAAUUUAUAUCAACUCAUAGUUAUUCACUUAAUCAAAUUAUAAUAUGGAAUUAUCCUCAAUUACAAAAAGUUUCUAUAUUAACAGGUCAUAAUUUAAGAGUACUAUAUUUAUCAUUAAGUGCAGAUGGAACAUCAAUCGCUUCUGGUUCUCCAGAUGAAACAAUCAGAUUUUGGAAUGUUUUCCCAAAAAAUAAUAAUUUUUCUCUUAUUCCUUCUUUUUCAGAUUGUUAUGAAACUAUUAGAUAA